UGCCCUCUAGCUCCGACAUUCUCCAUCUCGAUCGAUCGACCACCUGCAGGCUCUAGCACAGCUACUAGCUAGCUAAGCUAGGAGUUGUGUGCGUUGGGGACGGCGGCUCACCGGUCCGACCGACAUGCGCAGAGGUUCACCGUGGCCGUACGACUGCUCACCACCCCGCAGCAAGCGCGUGCAGCACGCCGUCGUGAUCUCCGCCGCCGGCAAGAAGCUACCCUGGCCCUCGCCGCGCCGGCCGGGGAGCCAUGUCGUCGUCGUUCCUGGGGGGCUCGUCUACCUCUUCCGCUUCGUCGCCCCUCUCUUACCUGAUCCCGCCGCCUAGGCCGCCUCCUGCUUCCCUCGUCAUGGGAUACGCUGCCACUGAUGGUGGAGCUGGCGUCGUCGCUGGCGUGCCUGCUGGCGCUGAGGCUGUGAACGCGGCGGCGGCGGCGACGGCGCCCAGGCAGGGCGGCAGGCACGCCGGGCACCCGCCGCUGCCGAGGCCGCCGCCGCGGCAGUGCCCGCGGUGCGGCUCCGCGAACACCAAGUUCUGCUACUACAACAACUACAGCCGCACGCAGCCGCGGUACCUCUGCAGGGCGUGCCGCCGCCACUGGACGGAGGGCGGUACGCUCCGCGACGUCCCCGUCGGCGGCGGCCGCAAGAACAGCAAGCGCGGCGCCGGGGGCGGGGGAGGCAAGUCCGCCGCCGCGAAGACCACCGCGGCCCGUGGCGUCAACAGCAGCGGUGGCGCCGCCGACGUCGUCGCGCUGCCGCCGCCGCCGCCGUCGUCGUUCCCGGAUAUCCUGAGGCAGAUGCUGUUUGCUCCGGCCGCGGCCGCCGCCGCCGCCGCCGGAGGCGGCUACAGCAUUGACCUGACCGCGUGGCAGCAAAUGGCCGCGUACACGGCUCCGCCGCAGGGCGCCACCGGCGAUGUCGGCGGAGCCGUGGUUGGAGGGACGGCGUCGGGCGACGCCAACUGCACCGGCGCCGGCGCCGGCGUUCAGUACUGGAACGGCUGGCUGCAAGAUGACAUGCCCGGUCUUGAUGGGCCUUGCUAAGUAACCGAUCCUUGUAUCGGUAGAUAUACGUAUACGAACGUAUACAUACGUAUGCACGUAUAGCCUAUAUAUACAUGCAUACACAUAUACGGUAUAAAGUAUUAGGUAUGUGUGCUAAAUUAGUGUAACUAAGCGUGAUGUAUCUGUUGAUCCACUCUAGUUAAACUAGUAUAUUUGGUUAUCUAGUUUUGCCUGAACA